UGGAGAAGUCAUCUAAACAGGAAAAUAAUAUUAAAGCCAUGUACUUACGGCUAGAUUACUUAACUGAGAAAUUUUCACAGGAGAAACCUGAGAAACUACAUCUUGAUGACAUACUAAAUGCUGACGGCAUCAGUUAUUGGACAAAGAUAGUAGAAGGGAUGGAAACAUGUAUCUUUCCUUAUAAGGACCUUACUAAAAAUGAGUACGAUAAAUUUUUGAAAUUUGCAAAAUUACUCACACAGAGGGCUAAAGAGAUCUACGGCUGGACCUAUACACAAAAAUUUAGUGGCCUAAAGCAUAGUGAUAAAGAACUAGAGGCAGAAGAAGUUAAAAGAAGAAGCCAAAUGUGUCCGGAGAAAAGGCUAUUAGAAGCUGAAAGACGAGACUUUUCCUUCAUUCCUAUGGUUGUCCAUCUCAAGAGAAUUUUCCAGAAAAGUAGAAACGAUAUGGAAAAAGAAAUGGAUACUUUGGAGCAAAAAUUAAUAAAAACUGAAAGACAGGCUAGGAUUCAGCCAGAAGAGGAACACAUAGAGGAACAUGAGCCAACGCCUGAAAAGGGAGCUUGCCAAACAGAAGUAUCUGUUAUACUUUGUGACAUACACGGUAUUGUGCAUGCAUUCAAUAAGAACAGUGCAAAACUAUUCCAUGUAUCUAGUGAGUUAUUAAAAGGAAAAUAACUUCUUUAACCUGAUGUCACCAUACAGCCGAAGUUAUUGAUUCCAAAUCUAUGGUGAAUCUAUUUUUAAGGAUCUCAGACAAACUUCAAGGACCAUAAGAUACAGUUUACCUCACAUAGAUGACGUAGAUAUAGAUAAUUUCUUUGUCCUAACGUCAAAAAUUACUUUGUUUAAGCCAAAAAGAAGAACUGGGAUAAGUCAUGAUCAGUAUAUGGUAAGAAUUUCAACUAGAACAUCCUCGAAGGCAAACAAAGAAAAGCUCUACGAGUCCUACACCAGAGCAAGGAAGGAAAUCAGAGAGGAAGAUCAAGGGGGUGUUAGUUUCAUUGACAGUAUCCCUCCUUAUUCAGCUCCGCUUCUAAGACUAGAGCCUUAAGAUAUUCAUCAAAAUUCAUUGGCUCAUUAAUUUUGCUAUAUAUUU